AUGAAAGAAGCGAAAAUGGAAGUGCGCAGCAGCAAAGGGUUUCUUCAGUUCUUGCGGAGUACCGAGGACCCGAUGAUUGUGGACGCGAAUUUGCUGCUGUUGCUUCAGGACCUCAGCUCCCCAACAGAGGACGCCAUCUCUCUCUCGUCAGCGGGCCUCUUUCACCUGCUGCAAGUUCUUGUGGAGCGCACAAAUGACGACUGGCUGGAGGUGAGAAAAAAAAUUGCGUUUGUGUUUUCUGACUUGAUAUCAAAGGGGCACGGCGAUGUGUUGGCCGACGCCCUCAUUUACGGCAGGCUGGAGAAAACAACUAGUGGCGAGGCUCGAGCCAGCCACAUUGACCUUAGGGAUAGUUGCGAGGAAAACUCAGACCCUGCAGCAGCACUAAGACAACUGAAGUACUUCAUUGGUAAGCUGGCGUUUGCCCACGGCACAGUGGAGCGUUGUGUUCCUGCGGCCGACGUCUUCCGUACGUUUAUGCGCGUUCCCAGUUUUUUGGAGAUAAUCCUCUCGCCCGCGGAGUUGUCAAGUGACACGACGGAAGAAAGGACAUCGCCGCAUCCUCAACCAAAGCAAUAUGGGUUUCAUGAAUCAUGUAUUGGAAUCCUCUGCCGUAGUGUUGCGUCAUACACAACCGUCCUCUGCACCGAGACGUGGCGGUCCUUGACGACUGCCCUAUACACAAAUAAGGGCCUCUCGGCGUCGUUGCUGUUGUAUUAUUUCAAUGAGUUUGUGGCAAUGCUGGUGGGAUGCCUGUUGGGCAGAAACUUUGUCGCCAAACUACACGCAUUGGAGUUGCUUGCCUCUGUUGUUGAGGAUCCUGUCUUUCUUAGAGCCAGACGAAAGUUUGCAGAGUCCCCAGCGCUGCUUUGCGCCUUGCUCCCCCUGACAAACAGCUCUUCAGCACACAUUCGAUUUCUUACGUUUGAAACGCUUAAGGUGUUCAUUGCGAAGGGAAACAAGCCUGCGCCUAUCCGGCACAUUCUUUGCAUCAACCGUGACAUGCUUGCCCGUUACGUGGAGGAUUACUCCACAAAAGAAAUUGCAAUCAACAAGCGUCUGGAGGUUGAAAAGCAGAAACUGCUGCAGAGUCUCACCUCACUUGAACCGUUGACUCACGAAGAGGAGUUGCUGCUUGGCAUUUAG